AUGUUUCGUACUUCAACCAGGACCCUUAGGGUCUCAAGCCUGCCGCUCAAGCGAGCAUCAAUUGGCGUGCGAUUCUCCUCCACACAGACAUCGACGUCCAGCAGCGCACGUUACCUAUGGUCAUCAGUAGCCGUUGUUGGCGUCGGUACCGGGGCAUAUCUCCUCAGCGGCACGGGCAAUACAAAUACCCUGAACGAGAGUGUUCCCGGCGUGAAGGAAUUCUCAUCCGAGGAUCAAAUCCCCGUUAACUCUCCGAUUAAAUCCAUCAUUCUCGAUGACGCAAACGCCAAACUGCGUGAGGAUGCUCACACUUUCGUCUUCAAUGGGAAUGCAGGCGUCAAGGGACGUGUAGACUUUGCGCGUCUGGGCAGUAACAACCCGAUUGAGGAUAAUUGGGACCUCAAGAUGGCUAAAGGAGUUGGUGGGGCGAGUACGCUGUAUGCUGGUGUUUACGAUGGACAUGCAGGAUGGUCAACUUCCCAAGUACUGAGCACAGCUCUUGUUCCUUAUGUUUCUGGUGCCCUUGCAGGUCUCACGCCUACCAGCUCCAGCGAGCUAGUCGAUGAUGCCAUCAAGAAGGCCUUUGUCCGUCUCGACGACCGCAUCUUCAGCAACGCGGAGACUGCAGCCAUGUCAGGACAAGAUCCAGGUUCCGCCGCUGUCAUCUCAGCCGUCGCGCCCGCCAUUGCCGGCUCCUGUGCGCUUCUAACCAUCUACGACCCCAGCACAUCUACACUACGUACCGCCGUCACAGGCGACUCACGUGCUGUUCGCGGUGCGUGGUCGCCAGAUGCGAAGAAGUACGAGACCGAUGCUCUCAGUAUCGACCAGACCGGCUUUAACCAGGCCGAGGUAGAGCGCUUGGACAAGGAGCACCCUGGGGAGCUCAAGGACAUGAUCAAGGCUGAGUCUGGUCGACUUUUUGGGCUUGCUAUCACAAGAGCGUUUGGCGACCACCGACUGAAAUGGUCAAACGAGCUUAUCCGCAAAGUGCACGAAGACUUCUACGGCACUGCACAGCGGCCCAAAACUGACACGCAGCCCUACCUGACAGCACGUCCUGAAGUCACGACACGCAAGAUCCAGACGGAGGAUUUCGUCAUCAUGGGCUCAGACGGUCUGUGGGACAUGAUCAGCAGCGAAGAUGCUGUGACGUGCAUAUCGCGUUGGCUAACUGCCAAGAAGAACGGCAAGCCCGAGCCCUUCAAAGAGACAAAGUUCGACGGAAAACUAGGAGACGGAUGGAAGGCCACCCCCGAGCAUCAAGUCAUCGAGGAUCUGGACAAUGCAGCGGUGUGUCUUGUGAAGAAUGCCUUUGGAGGAUCGAGGAGGGGAUUGUUCUUGGGGGCUAUGACGACGUAUUCGCCUAUGAGUCGAGAGGUGAGGGAUGAUAUUACCGUGCAGGUUAUUUUCUUCAAGGAUCCUUAUGAGAAGAAGUAA